AUGUAUUCCUUUGUCUUCCUAGCUAUCAUCAGCCUCGCUGCAGCUCACGUUCCUUCUGUCAGCGUUCCAUCGUGCCCUAGAUCAAAUAGGAUCGCAUUCUCAAAGUCCGUACCCGAUCAGGAUCCCUUUCCCCGUACGCAAAUCGACCUCUGCUACACCUCAACUGCCCUCUCCUUGACCUUCACGGCCCUUGACGAAAAGAGCUUCUAUUUCAACUCUUCGCAGGGUACAAACGACGACAUAUGGGCGUACGAAGUCGUCGAGGCAUUUAUCUACAAGGGAACUAAGGAUCCGCAAACAUAUCUCGAGUAUGAAAUCAAUCCCAACAACGUGACAUACCAAGCUUUCGUCUACAACCCAACCAAAGACCGCGAGGAGGGAGCCCCAUUCGACCACUUCUUCAUCGCGGAUCCAGAGGCUGAUGGUUUUGAGGCGGAGACGAAAUUGAAUAGACGAGCGGGAACAUGGGUUAGUAAGGUCAAGAUUCCACUGGGUUUGUUUAAUGUCGAUCCGGGAUGUGCGAAGGGGACAAAGUGGAGGAUGAAUUUCUUCAGGACUGUUACGAAUCCGAAGAUCUUUCCUGAUCAGGAGCUUGGGGGCUGGAGCUCGCCCGACAAAGCGAGCUUUCAUAUCACCAAGUUCUUUGGGCAUGUUGAUUUUGUUUGA